GGGCGGGUCCGCAGCUGGCGGCGCCCGGGCCCCGGGCGGGGGCUGUGGCAGCAGCUGCAGCAGCGGCGGCGGCAGCAGCGCCAGGAGCUGCUGCAGCAGAGGCGGAGGCUGCUCCUGGACGCGUCCGGGCCGCGCAGCCGGAGCCGCAGCCCGGAGGCGCCGGGCGGUGCGCUGGGUGCUGCUGCUGCCCGCCCGCCGCCGCCUGGGCCGCCGCUGCCACCUGGGCCCCAGCUGCCAUCCGCGCCCCCGUCGACCCCGCCCGCGUGUGCGCCCCAGCCUGGACGCCGUCCCCGGCCGGGUCUCCACUUCUCGGCCGCACCUUCCAUGACGGCGCCCGCGGGAAGAUGGCUGCGAAGGGCGCGCACGGCUCCCACCUGAAGGUGGAGAGCGAGCUGGAGCGCUGCCGCGCCGAGGGCCACUGGGACCGCAUGCCAGAGCUGGUCCGGCAGCUGCAGACGCUGAGCAUGCCCGGCGGCGGGGGCGGCCGGCGAUCCAGCCCGAACCCCGCGUUCACCUCCCUGGACACCGAUGACUUUGGGAAAUUGCUGCUGGCCGAGGCGCUCUUAGAGCAGUGUUUGAAGGAGAACCAUGCCAAAAUAAAAGACUCCAUCCCUUUGCUGGAGAAGAAUGAGCCCAAGAUGAAUGAAGCCAAAAAUUAUCUCAGCAGUGUCCUUAACCACGGGAGACUGUUGCCGCAGUACAUGUGCGAGGCCAUGCUGAUCCUGGGCAAGCUGCAUUACGUGGAGGGCUCGUACCGAGACGCCAUCAGCAUGUACGCGCGGGCCGGGAUUGAUGACAUGUCCUUGGAGAACAAGCCCCUGUAUCAGAUGCGGCUGCUGUCGGAGGCUUUUGUCAUCAAAGGCCUCUCCCUGGAACGCCUACCCAACUCCAUCGCCUCCCGCUUCCGCCUGACCGAGAGGGAGGAGGAAGUGAUCGCCUGUUUCGAGAGGGCCUCCUGGAUCGCUCAGGUGUUCCUGCAGGAAUUGGAGAAGACCACAAAUAACAUCACAUCGAGGCAUCUGAAAGGCUCUCACCCGGUUGACUAUGAGCUCACCUACUUCCUGGAAGCUGCCCUGCAGAGCGCCUACGUGAAAAACCUGAAGAAGGGGAACGUCGUGAAGGGCAUGAGAGAGCUCCGGGAGAUUCUCCGGAGUGUGGAGACCAAAGCAACUCAGAACUUCAAAGUGAUGGCGGCCAAGCACCUGGCGGGGGUCCUGCUGCACUCCCUGAGCGAGGAAUGCUACUGGAGUCCCCUGUCCCACCCUCUGCCCGAGUUCAUGGGCAAGGAGGAGAAUUCCUUCGUCACCCAGGCCCUGCGGAAACCUCACCUCUAUGAAGGAGACAACCUCUACUGCCCCAAGGACAACAUCGAAGAAGCCCUCCUGCUCCUCCUCAUCAGUGAGUCCAUGGCAACUCGGGACGUGGUGCUGAGCCGGGUGCCAGAGCAGGAGGAGGACCGGACGGUGAGCCUGCAGAAUGCUGUGGCCAUCUAUGACCUCCUGAGCAUCACACUGGGCAGGAGGGGGCAGUACGUCAUGCUCUCAGAGUGCCUGGAGCGAGCCAUGAAGUUUGCGUUUGGAGAAUUUCACCUUUGGUACCAGGUGGCCCUCUCCAUGGUGGCUUGUGGCAAGUCGGCCUAUGCCGUGUCGCUGCUGCGGGAGUGCGUGAAGCUGCGGCCCUCAGACCCCACCGUACCCCUGAUGGCCGCCAAGGUCUGCAUCGGGUCCCUGCACUGGCUGGAGGAGGCGGAGCGCUUUGCCAUGAUGGUGAUCGGUCUCGGGGAGGAGGCUGGGGAGUUCCUCCCCAAGGGCUACCUGGCGCUGGGUCUCACCUACAGCCUGCAGGCCACCGACGCCACCCUGAAGUCCAAGCAAGAUGAACUGCACCGAAAGGCACUGCAGACGCUGGAGAGAGCCCAGCAGCUGGCGCCCAGUGACCCCCAGGUCAUCCUCUACGUCUCCCUGCAGCUGGCCCUUGUGCGACAGAUCUCCAGCGCCAUGGAGCAGCUGCAGGAGGCCCUGAAGGUGUGCAGGGACGACGCCCAUGCCCUCCACCUGCUAGCGCUGCUCUUCUCUGCCCAGAAGCACUACCAGCACGCCCUGGACAUCGUCGACAUGGCCAUCAAUGAGCACCCCGAGAACUUCAACCUGAUGUUCACCAAGGUGAAGCUGGAGCAGGUACUGAAAGGCCCGGAGGAAGCCCUCAUGACCUGCAGACAGAUGCUGCAGCUGUGGCAGACCCUGUACAGCUUCUCCCAGCUGGGAGGCCUGGAAAAGGACGGCAGCCUCGCCGAGGGCCUCACAAUGAAGAAGCAGAGUGGCAUGCACCUGACCUUGCCCGAUGCCCACGACGCAGACUCUGGCUCCCGGCGAGCGUCGUCCAUCGCAGCCUCCCGGCUGGAGGAGGCCAUGUCGGAGCUGACCAUGCCCUGUUCGGUCCUGAAGCAGGGCCCCAUGCAGCUGUGGACCACGCUGGAACAGAUCUGGCUCCAGGCUGCUGAGCUGUUCAUGGAGCAGCAGCACCUCAAGGAGGCAGGUUUCUGCAUCCAGGAGGCGGCGGGCCUCUUCCCCACCUCUCACUCGGUGCUCUACAUGCGGGGCCGCCUGGCCGAGCUGAAGGGCAACUUGGAGGAGGCCAAGCAGCUGUACAAGGAGGCGCUCACAGUGAACCCGGACGGCGUGCGCAUCAUGCACAGCCUGGGUCUGAUGCUGAGCCGGCUGGGCCACAAGAGCCUGGCCCAGAAGGUGCUUCGGGACGCCGUGGAGAGGCAGAGCACCUGCCAUGAGGCGUGGCAGGGCCUGGGCGAGGUGCUGCAGGCCCAGGGCCAGAACGAGGCCGCCGUCGACUGCUUCCUCACCGCGCUGGAGCUGGAGGCCAGCAGCCCCGUGCUGCCCUUCUCCAUCAUCCCCAGAGAGCUCUGACGGCAGCCGCAGGAAGGGGCUGCCUGUGCGAGCUGGCAGGAGCAGGCAGGCAGCUGGGGAUCCGGGGGACAGUGGCAUUCAGGUGUGGGGCCUCAGGGAAAUACAUCUCUAGUGAACACUUCUGCAGGCUGCGGCCCUGGUUCUCCCCUGGCUGGGCCAAGAGGGUCUUCCCAGAUUGCUUCCUGGGUGCCUUGGGAGACAGUCUGGCUUGAACCCUAA